ACCCACACAAUCCGACCUUCCGCGUGUCCUACCUGAAGAACAAAGAACACCAAACAAAACUUUCCGUUUUUAUUACAAAAGUACACCCGCCAAAAUGUACCGCGCCAUCGCCGCCCUCGCUCUCCUCCCCGCCGCCGUCCUGGCGCAAAGCGCCUCCGAGUCCGCCGCCCCCUCUGCCACCAGCCCCGUCCCUUCUGCGGGCGAGACCCACGUCGUCCUCGUCGGCGACAGCGGCCGGACCUUCAGCCCCGACAACGUCAACGCCGCGGUAGGCGACAUCGUCGAGUUCCACUUCGUCUCCAACGGCCACUCGGUCGCCCAGAGCAGCUUCGACGCGCCGUGCCAGCCUCGGGACAACAACGCCUUCUUCUCCGGGCGCGUCCGGGGCGAGAUCUUCUCCGUUGAGGUUACCUCCGAGGACCCCAUCUGGUACUACUGCGCCGAGGGCAACCAUUGCCGCGGUGGCAUGGUUGGUGCCAUUAACGCUCCUACCUCCGGCAACACCCUCGCCGCAUACCGAGAUGCGUCCGGCAAUGCCGGACGUGGCAGCAGCCCGGGCAGCGUCCAAGGCGGCGAGCUUCGCCCCUUGGACAGCGCCGGUAUUGGAUCCCACGGCCAGAUCCGCUGGGGUCUCAUCGGUGCCAGCGCUGUCAUGGCUGCGCUCGCCGGUGGCAUGAUGCUCUAAAUUACGGGCCGCUGGCGUCUCCCCGAUAUUCUCCCCGAUAUUCUUUUCUCUUCCUUUCUCGAUUGGUUCUAUGAUACCAAAAGCGACGGCAUAAUGGGAUGAAAUCCCCCAAGUAUUGCACAGGGGUGAUGAUUCAUGUACAAUCCUACGAGGCUGUUUCUAUAUAGCGUUUCUUGUCCUUUAUUCUGGUAUUUGAAAAGCCAUAGACUUAUUUGACUCUAUCGUUG